AGUACAACUAGAAUGACCUCCAAAACAGCUCCAACUUCAACUACAACGUCUACAAGUACUACAACUGCUCCUACAAGUACUACAAAGAUGACAUCCGCAACAGCUGCAACUUCAACUGCAAUGUCUUCAAGUACUACAGCUCCUCCUACAACUACAACUAGAUUGACCUCCACAACAGCUCCAACUUCAACUACAACUUCUGCAAGUACUACAGCCCCGCCUACAAGUACAAUUAGAAUGUCCUACACAACAGCUGCUCCAACUUCAACUACAACUACAACUAAAAUGACAUCCACAACAGCUGCAACUUCAACUGCAAUGUCUAUGAGUACUACAGCUUCUUCUACAAGUAUAACUAAAAUGACCUCCACAACAGCUGCUUCAACUUCAACUGCAAUGUCUACAAGUGCUACACCUUCUCCUACAAGUACAACUAAAAUGACAUCCACAACAGCUGCAACUUCAACUGCAAUCUGCUCCAACUUCAACUAUGUCUACAAGUACUACAGCUCCUUCUACAAGUACAUCUAA